GGAACAGCCUCAUUUUUCCACAUCUGUUCAAGGUGAAGUUCAGGUAUAAAAGUCACAGAAAAGUGUUCCUUCUCUGAAAGGUUUGGAUCCGACGUAAACAUGCUGAGGUUUCUGGUGUUGACAAGUCUCGCAGCCCUGGUACUGGGUGAGCUGGAAGCUCAGCCCAGGCACCUGAUGAACAUGGACGAGAGGGUUGUGGGAGGCGAGGUGGCCAGCCCCAACUCCUGGCCCUGGCAGAUCUCUCUUCAGUACAGAUCUGGCAGCAGCUACUACCACACUUGCGGAGGAAGCCUGGUUAAGACAGGCUGGGUUAUGACCGCUGCUCACUGCGUGGACAGUAAUAGGUCGUGGCGCGUCGUUCUCGGUGAACACGAUAUCUACGUGGAAAGCGGCAGAGAGCAGAUCAUUGGUGUCAGCCGUGUUUAUAUCCACCCCAACUGGGAUGCAAGCAGAUUGUCCAAUGGGUAUGACAUUGCUCUGCUGAAACUGACUUCUCCCGCCAAGCUGAACACUUACGUCCAGCUGGCCUCUCUGCCUCCCAACGGCCAGAUUCUGCCCCACGACAACCUCUGCUACGUCACCGGAUGGGGCCGCACCUCCACUGGUGGCCCCCUUUCUGCUCAGCUCAAGCAGGCCUACCUGCCCGUGGUGGACCACAAAACCUGCAGCAGGAGUGACUGGUGGGGCGGCUCUGUGAGGACCACCAUGGUGUGCGGAGGCGGCGGUGCUGAGGCUGGAUGCAAUGGCGACUCUGGUGGUCCUCUGAACUGCCAGGUUAGCGGCAAAUACUACGUGCACGGUAUCGCCAGCUUUGUGUCCGGUUAUGGAUGCAACUACCCCAAGAAACCCACCGUCUUCACCCGUGUGUCUGCCUACAUUGACUGGAUGAACUCGAUCAUGUAAAAGAUACAAGAGUCAUCUGUGUUGACGCACACAAAGAGAGACCCCGUUUUGGACCAUGUUUGCGUUUGAUAAACUUACUCCCUUAUCUGGUCUCCCUGUUCCAAAAUAAACGUGAAUAAAUAUUGAA